AUGGCAGAUUCCAAAAUGCCUGACUUGGUCGCGUCUUCGGGCCAUGGAGGUAUUCCUCGUGACCCACUGUUCGAGGUAACUUGGCACGUCGCCGACAAGGAAAAUCCCAGGACUUGGCCAGUCUGGUAUAAAAGCUUCAUCGUGGCCGCAAUGUCUUUCUCGACGACUAUCGUAGUAGUCUACACGACAAUGUACACCUCAGGUGUUGAUGGGAUUCAAAAAGAAUUCGAUGUAUCCUCUAAAAUCAUUGUACUUCUGGGCUUGACGACAAAUCUUUUUGGCCUUGCAUUUGGAUCAGUCGUUCUGUCAUCCUUGUCGGAGAUUUACGGUCGUCGACCGAUCUAUCUUAUCUCGGUUUUCUUAUUCGGUGUCUUGAUUUUGCCUGUGGCUCUCGCAAACAGCAUUGAAGCCAUCCUCAUCAGCAGGUUUUUUGGAGGCUUUUUCGGGGGUACCAUGAUUUCUAGCGCCCCGGGUAGUGUCACUGAUGUGACAGACGACCAAUAUCGCGCCUUGGCCUUGAGUUGUUGGAGUCUUGGGACGAUGAACGGCCCUGUUCUAGGCCCUAUCAUCGGCGGCUUCGUCUAUCAGUAUCUUGGUUGGCGCUGGAUCAAUUGGCUCGUCUUGAUCUGUUCUGGAGUAUCCUUAGUCUUGAUGUCUCUGGUUAAAGAGACUUAUGCGCCUGCUCUUCUGCGGAAAAGAACCAAGAAAUUACAAAAGGAGACGGGCGAUCAAAGAUGGUGGUGUCGCUUUGAUCAUGAGGAGACCGGAUUUCAAGUCUUAAGGACAAACCUGGUCCGUCCAUUCCGCAUGAUUGUCUUUGAGCCAAUAUGCGUUUUCUGGGAUCUUUACGUUAGCGUGGUCUACUCUGUGCUCUUCCUCUGCUUUGUGGCCUAUCCGAUAGUAUUCGAAGAUCUCCGUGGCUGGGCACCAGGUCUUGCAGGUCUAAGUUACUGUGGUAUUGGCACAGGAACUGCAAUUGCUGUGACGUUAGAGCCACUUAUUCGACGAUUUAUCGCCAUGCAUCCACGGGACCCAAUAACAGGGCGCCCCGCGCCUGAAGCAGCCGUAUUUGCCGUGUGCAUGGGAAGCAUCCUAAUUCCAAUCGGCGAGUUUUGGUUUGCCUGGACCGCACGGCCGCCAAUUCAUUGGGUAUGUCCCAUUCUUGCUGGUCUUCCAUUUGGACUUGGCAAUGGCUUGGUGUUCAUCUAUGCCACCAACUACAUGGCUGGAAGCUACACGGUGUACGCAGCAUCAGCACUUGCCGGCAAUUCGAUCGUGCGAUACGGGCUCGCUGGAGUCCUUCCGCUCGCUGGAUCCAAAAUUUAUAGUACUUUGGGUGCUAAUUGGGCUGGGACAAUGUUGGCACUGAUCGAGGUGAUUUUAAUUCCCAUCCCUUUCGUCUUCUAUAAAUAUGGUCACAAGAUCCGAUUGCAAAGCCCCAUGAUUGUGAAAGGGCUUGAAAAUGGAACUAAUUGA